UACGACCUCGAAUCUUCCAGAGACAACCCAGCACUUCAACUUCCGUUUCAGAAUAUUGGAACCUUCCAGACCAUCCAACUCCAAUAUAUUCUCAUUUCUUCCUCCAUUUUCAUCCACUAGCAUCUUCGAUUCUUCGUGUCCAUUUCUCACUUUCUCUUCAAACUUGCGUUGAUUGAUCUCCGAAAGUAAGAUGCCGAGCCGACCGACGGGAGGGAUGGCGCAGGACUGGGAGCCGGUGGUGCUCCGCAAGCAAAAGCCCAAAGCAUCUCAACUCCGGGACCCAAAGGCGGUGAACCAGGCGCUGAGGAUGGGAGCUCAGGUUCAGACCGUGAAGAAAUUCGACGGCGGUUCGAACAAGAGGGCUCCCGCCACGGCCGUGAACGCUCGGAAGCUGGACGAGGCGGCGGAGCCGGCCGCGCUGGAUAGAGUUCCGGCGGAGGUGAGACAGGCAAUACAGAAGGCAAGGAUCGAGAAGAAGAUGAGCCAAGCCGAGCUGGCGAAGCAGAUCAACGAGCGAACUCAGGUGGUUCAGGAGUACGAGAGCGGCAAGGCGGUGCCUAACCAGGCCGUGUUGGCUAAAAUGGAGAAGGUCUUGGGCGUCAAGCUAAGAGGAAAGCAUAAAUGAAAAGAGGUGUUAUGUUCUGUUCUGUUGUGUAUAAUCAGAGAUAUGAUUACUGAGAAAUAAUAAAAAUUGUUGUUGUGCUUGUGACCUUCUGAUCUUGUGGAAGAAAGAUAUUCAUUACAUGUAAUCAUUGUGAAAUAUACCAUUUUUAUUACAGUAA